AAGACGUCCGGCUCCAGCCCUUAGACCGGUCGGUUCUUGGGCGGUUCUCGACGGGUCAUGCGCGGUUCUCAUCGAAGGGUGCCACAAUGGAGGCCUUGUCCUUUGCCUUAAAGCUUGAUGGUGAGGAGGAAGUGCAUUGUGAGCUGCAGACCGAGGGAGAUGAUGAUGAUGAAACGGUGGCGCGGAUUGGCCGUUGUCCAAAAGGCGCCAUUGUCAUCAACCAUCUUGGAGUCUCCUGGAUACAUGCAGAGAUCCGACUUCUACAGCGGCCUGACGAGGAGCCACAGCUCUUCGUUCGAGAUGUCUCAGCCAAUGGUACAGGUCUUCAAACGCCAGGAGAGGAGGAGAUCCGAUGGCUCCCGCGCAACGAAGACGUGCCUUUCUUUGCUGAGAACAUCGUGCUCCCGCAAAAGGUGAAAGCUUCAGGUCGCCCGGAGGAUGCUAUACGACGGACGAUAAGUUUGCGGCUGACCAGCGAGGAGGAGGCGCUGAAAGCGCGGCAGGCAAGAGAAGCCAAGGUAAAAAAGAAGCAGCAGAGGAAAGAGAAGGAGGAGGCGAGAAGAAAGAAAGCACAGUUGAAAGACGGAAAAGUGCAGAAAGAACCGAAGAAGGAACUUUUGGACUCGUCCAAAGAGAAAAGACAUGAACAACCAGUGACUCAGGAAACCAAAAUUAAGACAAAGGAAGACUCCAAGACAAAAGAGAAGGAUGGCAAGGUUGACAAGAAAGUAUCGAAGAAUGAGAAGGAUAGCAAGAGCAAGACGAGCAAGAACAAAAAGGAAGCGGCGAAAGCACCGGAGAAGAAAGAGAAAGCUAAGAAGGAAAAGCAAGACAAAGACAAAGCGGAUCAAAAGAAGAAAGACAAGGGGACCAGGGAGACGCGGGAGAAGGACACGAAGGAGAAAGCAAAGAAGCGUGAUCGAUCAAAGAGUCGUGAUGCAAGGUCCAAAGGCAAGGCAGAGGACCGCCGCAAGCAUCAGAAGGGAGUGGCUGAAAGUGAAGCGCCUGCCGCGGUGCAAGCGCUAAAGCAAGAGGAGGCUCCCGUACAAGAAGAGCCUCCGCAGGAGGAUCCUCCAGAAGAGGAUCCUCCAGAGGAAGAGCCUCCAGAGGAGGAGCCUGCGGUGGAGGAGCCUCCAGAGAAGCUUCGGGAGGAGCCUGAAUCUGAAGGAGACGAGGCACCGAAAGAGGCCGAGGAGGAGUCAGUGGAAGAGCAGGUGAUGGAGAAGGAUGAGGGAGACCAUGAUACAAAACAAGACGGAGAGGAGGAGGUUGAUGAUGUCGAAGAUCGUGAAGAAGAGAAUGACAACAAAGAAGACAAAGAUGACCAAGACGAUGGGGACUCUGAGGAGGACGUGGUGGUGGUUGAUGCGAGUGCCCCUACGACAUCUGCACCAGCUGCCUCGGCUGUCACAUCUGCUGUCCCAGCACCUGCACAGCCUGCACCGGAAGCGGCUUCGGAGCAGGGACUUCCCAAGUGGGUGAAGACCGGCAAGCGCGUCCAGUGGUUUUCAGCCUCGUUGAAACGGCUUGUGCCGGUGCGCAUCACCAAAGUGGAUCAUGACAGGUCUGUGGUGAUUGCCACUUUCGAAGCUGAUAGCAAUGUCUGGAAGAGUGUUCACUUUGGCAUCCUGGGUCGAGAAGAUUGCCCCCUCAGGGGCCCAGCCCCAGGGGAGCAGGAGAGCAGCGAUGAAGAAGCCGAAAAGCCUCGAAAGCGCGAUCGCAGCAGGACACCAGAUGUUUGGGAGCAAGAGCGGCGCCGGGUCAUUGCCACUCAGGAAGCCGUUCUAGCGGCCGAGCGCGCGGAGGAAGAGCGGCGAAAGAAGGCCUUGGAAGAGGAACAGCGCCGAAAGGCGGCACAGGAAAUCGAGCGGCAGAAGGUCCAAGCAGCGUUCGAACAGCGAAAGAAGGAGGCCGAGGAGCAGCGCUUGCGAGAAGAAGAGGAGUGGCGUGCCAGGCUAGUGGAACGUCGGAAAAAGGAGGCAGCUGAAGAGGAAGAACGCCUCCGGCAAGAGGAGGAGGAGCGCCAGGAGCGGAAAAGGAAACGAAAAGAGGAGAAGGAUCGCGAACGUGCUGAUCGCGAACGACAUGACAAGGAACGAAGAAAGGAGGAUCCCAGAAGAAGAGAAGCUGAAGAGGACCGGGAGCGAAAGCAGCAGGCCAGCAUGGAUGCCUUCGAGCAGGUAUGUUCCAAAGGCAGACGGAAAAAGGAGGAAGAGGAUGAUGGCUCGCCUGAAAAGAUGGGCUGGUCAGGGCAAAUGCCUGGAAUGCCGCUAAACCCCAUGAUGGCCAUGAUGGCCGCCGCUGGAAAUGGCACAGGCCAUGCUGGCCAUGCCGGCCAUGCCUUUCAGUCAGCUUCAGGAGGCAAAGGAAAAGGAUGGGACUGGGGCUUUCAGCAAGGUGCUGAGGUCGCUUACGGAGUUCCCGGCUAUGCCGACGGCUACGGGGCGAAAGGUGCCCAGGGGGCCUCCGUGCCCGGCUGGAACGGCGCGGCCGCUCCGCCCGCUCCGCCCGCUCGGGCCGAGACGCCGCCCUGGCGGACGGCCGCAGCCAGCCGGCUACCACCGCCGCCGAAGGGUUGGCAGAAAGGGGAGGAAGCCAAGGGAGGCGGCCAUGGAGGCGGAGGCCAGGGAGGCCAUCUAUUUCCUGCUGGUUUUCUCUUUGGAAAAGCUGGGAAAGGGAAAGGCUGGUGAUGUUUGAUGAUGACCGGAAAUGUGCAAUAAACCUGUACAUAGAUAGAAUACACGUCAUCCGAGGCUUCCAGCCAAUGGAACUUACCAUCAACUACUUCAGAAGCCAAACACAUGCU